AGCUAUUCGUAUCUGUCCCCUCUACCGCUAGACUCGUAUACUCGGGCGACUUUAUAUAUCUUCCUGUCAGUAACUUUCCCGCCGAUUUGCCCACGGAAUCGGCAACGAUUCUUUAUCCAGAAAGAUAGGCCUAAAUAUUUGUCUGUUUGUUUCCCGAGAAAGCUUCGAGCAAAAUCAUGACCAUACACGAAACUACUAAUUCCCUGAACUUCAAUUAGACUUCAAUCGGAAAGAUGUUCUUGGAGAACUUAAUUCGACGGAGAGUAGCGUCUCUGUUGCAGCCAUGGCUGCGAGAAGAGCCGGAGCUGGAGGUCAAGUUAGGGUUUAUAAAUUCUCACGCGGCAGCGAAGAACCUGCGUUUGAACGCAUGGGUUCUGAACGAGCUCAUCGACGGGACGGAUCAUUUUUCCUUCAAAGACGUCACCAUCGACAGCUUGAUCGUCCGGUUCUCGAACUGGUUCGUCCCCGCCUUCAGAAUCGAACUUCAAGGGGUCCAUGUGACGCUAGCAGCUGCGGAGUUGAAGGAGGAGGGAUAUUCGAGAAGGGUGCGGAAACGAAAUGAUUCGUUCUCAGAGGACAUGAAGAAGAAGCUUUCCAUGUUUGAUCCUGAGGGUAGUGCUUUGCACAGCGUUCUUGAGAGGAUCUUUGUCACCACUUCUUCAAGAAAUCGAUUUACCAUGUCCUUUUUUAAUCUUAUGCUUAAACAGUGUCAGCUUCAGAUGCGUGAUAUUAGUCUGCAAGUGGAGUUCGCUAUGUUGAAUGAUUUGUGUAUGUGUUUGUCGGAAAUAAAGGAAUUUAAUGCAGAAUCCCAGUACCUCGCUCAUGGGUGUCUUCUUAGAGGGCUUUUUGGUGCAAUUUUUCUACCUCUGAAAGAAGUUUCUUACAUUGUCAAUGGGACUGGUUUCGAGAUUGGCUUCAAGAGAAAAGAUCAUAUCAACCGUGUGUUGCUUUCAACAGAUCUGUUCACUCGCAUCAAAUUGGAUGAUCUUCAGCUUGUGGAGUUCAGUCUCCGGGUUCCAGAAUUAAGCUUGUUUUUUUCUCCAGCUGAUCUUUCUAUAUACUCAGCUUUGGGUAAAAUAUCAUCUAAAGAAUCUAAGCAUGCUAGAGAUGGUAGACAACUAUGGAAAUUAGCUGCAAGCAAAGUUGGCAAUGUGACUUCAGCUCCCAGAUUGUCAUUUAAUAAACUAGUUGUUAUUGUUGGUCUCUGGCUACGUUAUGUCAAAACUUAUGAGCAUUUUUUGUCACUAUGUGGAUAUCCUGCUGACCACUUUUUAGAAAGAUCUUGUGCUGAGAUGUCUAAGGAUAAAAUGUUUCUGAGUUCUAUCCAAUACCAUUGGAAGGUGAUCUCUGAUAUUGAGAAUGAGCUGCCUGCUGAAGCUAUUGCACGGGCACGGCAAAUUGCCCGUCACAGGGCGGUGUUGAAUGUUCAAUGUGUCCAAGAUACUAACAAGGAAUCUGUUGUCAAUCGUCACUUCAAGUUUAUUUGCAAGAUCCUUCAUCUACUAGCAUUUCUUUUGAAACUCAUAUGCAAUAUGGUCCACGCCAUUGUAAAAUUAUUAUGUUUGAGGAAAGUUUUGGCUCAAGAUCCAAAAAAUGAUGGAGAUUGCAGAACUAUCUCUGAAUAUCCCUAUGCAUGUAGUUACUUCAUUUUGAAUCUUGGGAAAAUUGUAAUCACUGUUUGUCAAAUGAAACCAAUUCAACCUUCUGUAAAUGAAAAGUUAGAAUCACAUAUUGGGAUCUCAUAUUCAGAUUUACUUUCGUUCUGUCUUUCAAUUGAUGAAUUGUUAUUAAUAAAUGUACAAAAAACUUGUGAACAGUCUGUCUUUUUAUCCUGUGGACAAUUGAGGAUGAACUCAUCAUCUUUGACAGAAGCUUCUGUUGGGGAAAGCAGUUCGAAAACUUAUCCUAAUUCUUUGAAAGGACGUAAGAAGGGGAGAGCUAAUGAUCUUAAAUCUAUUUUAUGGGGCGAGCCUGCACAAAUGUUUCCUCUUCCAGAAACUAGUCAUACCAGUGCUGCUCAUGAUGCUGAAGCUACCUGCUUACCGGUUCUGGAACAUUUUCUUGGAGAAAUGUGGUUGGGUUGGAGAAGAGGUUGCGUGAAAUUUGAAGAAAAUGAUAUUGAGUAUUCAAAGAAUCCGUGCCUUCUCUUUGAGAUCAAAAACUCUCUGACAUAUCCAGGCGUCAAGCAUCCAAAUUCUGGAUUUUGGAAAUGCAGUUUGAUUCUGGGAAAAUUGAAUUUAGCUUUGGGGUUUUCAUCAAUACUAUCAAUAUCUCUGCUUCUUAGGCAGAUAGAAGAUGCUCUUAGCUGGACUGAGGACAGUGGUAGAGCAAGGGUUCUUUCAGAUUCUCAAAGAAGCAGUGAUGAACAACCAGAAAUCAGUAGCAUUGAUGAACAACCAGAAAUCAGUAGCAUUGAUGAACAACCAGAAAUCAGUGAGGAUAGUAAUUACAAGUACAAUGGUAGUAGUGGAAUGAAGACAGUCUUGCUUAGAAUGCUUCCUGAAAAACACACUCAAAUUGGGAUAUUUAUAGCUGGUCCUCACAUCCGUAUGUCAUUGAGAAAGGAGUUUGAUGGUUUGAAUGAAAACAUGAAUCACACAAUUAAUGAGGAUGAUCUUCACCUUGCUUUUGAUGUUCAUAACAUUGAGGUUGCUGUUCGGCCAACUUCUGGAUCUGAUCCAGCAUCAUUGAGUGGCUCUAAUGAUGCUGAAAAGGAGUGUCUGUUGUUGAAAGAGCAUCAUACAGGUGAUUUUCCUAUAUCAGAUAAUGAAAAAUAUGUAUCUCGGGGGUGUAUUUCCCUUGGAUCAUGUCUGCAAGUUCAUGGUUUAAAUGCUUAUGUGGAGGACUCAGUAGACAAAAAACAAAGUCAAAUUUUGGAGUUAAAGCCCAUUACUGUCCAGUUAUCAUCAUUCAGGGAGCAUCUUCAUUCAUUUAGUACAACUAUUGUCACUUUGACUGCAGCUUUAUCUGGGACGGCUACAGGAUUCACUGCUUUAUCAUAUAUGGAUGAGUUGUCUGUUCUCUUUCAGGUGGUUGGAAGUUUAUCUUCGGCAGUCUCACAUGCAUAUUGUUUCUUUGAUCCUAUUGGUCCUGUACCUCAAGAAUAUAUCAGGCAAGAGAUUGUGCUUGCUGAACCUGAACAAGAGGAGAUAAAAGUGAAAGGAGCUCCCUUAAUUUGUGGUAGUGUUCUAUUUAAAAUCUAUGGGACCUUCAAACUUGAAUCAGUGGAUAUGGUUCUUCAUGACUCUAGGAGGAGCGAUAAUGUGGAGAGUUCUGUGAAGAUCUUUGAUGCUUUAACUAGGAGAAUGCUGGCUGAGAGUGGUUUGUCUGAUUGUGGAAUUUGGGUAUCUGUUAAGCAAAUAAGCAUUGAGAUAUCUUGCAAAGAACAAGUGGAAGUUCUCACUGAUUGGUUAGGAAUCCAGUUUGUUAUUUUCAGAUAUCAGAAUCAUAUAGGAAAACGUACUGAUCACUCUGUACUGGAGGAUCUGCUGCUGCAAUCUCUUAAUUGGUUAUAUGAAUUAUCACUUUCAAAUUGCACGAUUACUUUGACAACCGAUUCUGAAAGACCAACUCAUUGGUUACUCAUAAAUGUUGAACUUGGGACGAUUUUUAUGGCAAGAUGCUCACUAAAGAGUGUUCUGGUUGGAGCACAUCAGUUGAAUAAGCUUAUAUCAUCAGCUUCUGUUGCUAGUGAAUUUCGAACAAUCUCUUGGGAAAUUCAGGGUGGUUUUAUUUUCCUUGAAACAACAACUUUGGCAAAGUUCAUUCACUGUUCGGCUUCAUAUCUUCGUUGUGUCACCAAUCUUUUAUCUUUCGCUCAAUCCUCUGAUAAACACAUUGGAAAAGCUGAACAUGAUAUGGAUAUGACAAGACUGAAUGAUCAUUCUGUUAGGGGGUAUGCCCAAGAGACUCACUGUGCAUCUCAGCAGGCCAGAAAGCAACUGAUGGAAGCUUUUAUAAUAGACGUGUCCGCAUUUUCUCUUGUUCUUGUGAUUAAAGAAGAAUCUGGUAGUGUUCGGGAAUUCUUGCUUGAGGUUGAUGCCCAUUUGAAAUUCAAGUUGGAAAAUAUGAGAAGAAAGUUUACAUUUGACCUUUCUCGGUUAUCAAUCUUUUCUCUAGUCUUUCAUCAUAGUGUGGAAAAUGAAAUCCAAAUUCCUCAUUUUUCAUCUGUCACAUCAAACGAUACGAUAUCUUGCUCUGUAUCUGGGGAUCCUGCUGCAGGAUUUCAGCAUAGGAAUGGGAUUCAUCUAGUUAAUGAAGCAAGUUGCUCAAGGGAUCCUGUUUCCCCGGAAGAAUUUUCUGUAAAAAACUGUGCAUUUGAAGGAAUGCAUUUAAGUCAUAAGAACCAUAUUUUAAAACGAUUAGGUGCUUUUAUGGAAAUUGAGAAGCCCAAGGAUGGUCCUUUGCACUUAAACCAGGUUUGGCUAGGCAGUGGUUCAGUUUCCAAUUUCGAUAUGACAAUUUCUCUUUCUGAAAUUCAGAUGAUUUUGUCUAUUGUUUCAUCCUUCUCUGGGGUAUUUAGCAAUGAGGAGACCAGCAAAUCAAAUGAAAGGCGCUGGUCCAAGAGCCAGGAAUUGAACAAUAGGAUGGAAGCAAUGGUUCCAAAUGGAGCAAUUGUUGCAAUUCAAGAUGUCCACCAACACAUGUACUUCACUGUUGAAGGUGGAGAAAAUAAGUACAGUUUGGUUGGUGCGGAUCAUUAUUCUCUUGUUGGAGAAAGGGCCCUUUUCAGGGUCAAGCACCACAAACAAAGAUUCUUCAACUCUCAAGUUUUGUGGUUCUCCUUGAUAUCAUUGCAUGCCAAGAAUGACUUAGGGGAACCAUUGCGAUUGAACUAUAGGUCAGGAUCAGGCUUUGUUGACAUAUCCAGCACUAACGAUAGUGGGUGGGCACUUUGGAGAACACUUUCUUGUGAGCCUGAAAGUUAUAAGGGUGAUAUUGACUGGGAGCCUUACAAUCAGCUGGUUAGAAGGAACUUUUUCCUUGUGAACAAGAAGAAUGAUUGUGCUGUUGCUUUUGUUAAUGGAAUUCCAGAGUUCGUCCGGAAGCCUGGAAAUCCAUUCAAAUUGAAAGUUUUCCAGGACCAUUCCGUGGCUCGUGAUGUUUUAAAGCUAGAUAGCUACCCUGUGGUAGCUUCUGAAAAUAGUCUGCAACAUAAUGCACACAUGGGUGAAGAAAGAACUUCUGGGCAGAGUAACUCUCUCCCUUGCAUUGAUAUCAAAAUUGUCAAUAUUUCCCUUACCAUUGUUCAUGAACCUUUGGAUUCAAAGGACAGGUUUCCUCUCCUUCGUGGCUGCAUCAAUGAUAUCCAUCUUAUUCUACAAGUUCAAUCUACUAAAACCCGUCUUAUAAGCACAUCAAGUACUGUGGCAUAUUACUUUGAUGCCCAAAGAAACUCAUGGAGGGAACUUCUUUACCCAGUUGAAAUAUGCAUAUUCUACCGUUCCAGUUUCCAGAUUCAUGGUUCUAAAACUGUUUCAUAUGGGGUGCCUGUUCAUAUCUAUUGCAGAAUUAGUAAGUUAAACAUAUUCCUGACUGAGCUUUCACUAGACAUCCUUCUCUUUGUGACUGGGAAAUUAGAUUUGGCCGGUCCUUUUUCAGUGAGAAGCUCCAUGAUUCUGGCCAAUUGCUGCAAGGUGGAGAACAGGUCAGGCUUAAACCUUCUUUGUGACUUCGACAAUAAGCAAAGUUUAUCAAUCGCCGGAAAUCAAUCUGCUUCUAUUUUUUUAAGGAACUCGGAUAUAGCAAACCAAUCUUCAGCAGACGAAUCAGUUGUUUCAGUCCAACUUUCCAUUCCUGGAUCCCUCAAAACUUCUCCCAUUCAUCUUUCUCUUUUAGAAGCUCAAGCACUUGCCUGGAGAACACGUGUAAUGUCAGUCAAAGAUUCAAAAACUUACCCUGGGCCUUUUGUUGUGGUUGACAUUUCAAGAAAAUCUGAGGAUGGUUUGUCAAUUAUAGUUUCUCCUUUAACAAAAAUACAUAAUGAAACUGGAUUAUCUAUGGAGCUACAGUUUCGACGUCCGCUACAAAACAAAGAUGAGACUGCUUCUGUGUUGCUAAAAUCAGGAGAAACAAUUGAUGAUUCCAUGGCCAUGUUUGAUGCUGUGAAUUUGUCUGGUGGAUUAAAGAAAGCGUUGAUGUCAUUAAGCGUUGGUAACUUCUUGUUUUCUUUUAGACCUGAACUUUCAGAUGGCUCUAAAAAUGCUAAGAAUUCACUUUCUGCGGAGUGGUCAGAUGAUCUUGAAGGUGGAAAGGCAGUUCGUCUCUCUGGAAUUUUCGAUCAAUUAAGUUAUAGAGUCCGAAAGGCUUUAUUUGUUGGAUCCAUGAAAUGUUCCUUCAGUACAGCCCAUUGUAUUCUCAAAUCUAAUGGUUCACGUGUUGCAAGCAUGCAUUUUUUGAUUCAGAGGAUUGGAAGAAAUGUGCCUGUUAUACAACCUGAAAAAUCUAGAGAUGGGUUCAAAAAUAGUGAUUCACCGGUUGCAUUACAAGAGCAAAAGGAAAUUUUUCUUCUUCCUACCAUACAGGUGUCCAAUUUUUUGCACUCUGAGAUAAAUGUACUUUUGAGUGAAACGGGUGUAUGUACAACUAAUGGCUGUGAAAACAUCGGGAACCAAGCAACUAUACCAUGUGAUUCAACAGUUGAUUUUUAUUCUAAUCCUUCCAUCAUAUUCUUUAUUGUCACUUUAACUGCGUUUGAGACAAGCUGCAAACCAGUGAAUAGCAGUGAUUGGGUCAAGAAGUUAUCAAAGCAGAGAGGUGCAAUCCAUUGUCUGGACAUUGAUCUGGAUUUUGGAGGUGGGAAGUAUUUUGCUUCCUUGCGAUUGUCUCGCGGGGACAGAGGCAUCUUAGAGGCUGCUAUUUUUACACCAUAUGCCCUUAAGAAUGAUACCGAUUUCCCCCUUUGUUUCUUUCUACCUGAUAAGAAGCCUCUAUCAAGGGAUGAACCAUGGAAGUUUGAUUCCAGCAUUCCUCUGGAGUUGGGAUUAUUUUUGCCUCCAAAGUCGAUCAGAUCAUGGUUCUUAAAAUCAAACAAGGUGCGGCUCAAAUUGUCAGAAGAUUAUGCAUCAGAGCCACUGCUAGACUUGGAUGCAUUAUCAGGCCUUACAGAGAUAAGCUUGGAAGUAGAGAAAGGAUCUGGAGUCAAAUCUAUUACAAAGCUUGGGAUGUCCAUGGGGCCACUUUGCAGUAAAGUAGCUUUGCCAUCUCAAAUAGUGACUAUGGUCCCACGGUAUGUUGUGUUUAAUGAAUCGGAGGAAAGUAUCACUGUCCGACAAUGUUAUUUACAGGAUGACAUGGCAGGCAUGAUUCCCAUUAUAAGUAAACAGAGAGUAACACUACAGCUGCAGAGUGGAAUUAGCAAAAGGAGAGAGUUCAAUUUAUUUGAGAAUUUUAUUAGAAAGCACAGAAAUGCUAGCGAUGAAUCGUUAAUACACAUCCAGUUUCAUCUGAAUGAUUCUGAACACAGUUGGUCAGGACCAGUAUGCAUUGCUUCCUUAGGACGCUUUUUCCUGAAGUUCAGGAAACAAGCGACUGCAGUAGAAAAAGGUGUACCAGAAUACGCAACUGUUCAUGUGGUAGAAGAAGGUUCUUCACUUGUUCUGCAUUUCCAGAAACCGCCCGAUAUCAGUUUACCGUAUCGGAUUGAAAAUUGCUUGAGGAAUGUAGCUGUAACUUACUACCAAAAGGAGUCGUUAGACCCAGAGGUUUUAAAAUCUGCGUCUAGUGUGGAUUAUGUCUGGGAUGAUUUGACUCUUCCACAUAAACUGGUUGUCCAAAUCGAUGGUACCCAAGCACGCGAGAUUAACUUGGAUAAGGUGCGCACUUGGAAGCCUCUCUACAAACUGAGGCAACACAGAGGAUUGUCAUCUAAUUUACCUUUGAUUAAUGGCAUGGAGACGGUAAAAAUAGGUUAUGAAGUAUACACAGAUGGUCCCACACGGGUUUUACGAAUUUGUGAGAUCUCUGGUAGUCACAAGGCAGACACAGUUUUUCAAUCAUGUGCAAAGAUUCAGUUAAGAGUUUCCCAUUUGGCAAUCCACCUACUCGAGUGUGGAAAGCAGGAUGGAGACGAGAGUGAGUUGUCGGUUUUUAUGCCGAUCAUAAUUGCGAGGCUUGGGAAUAUUGAUCUGGUUUCUGUAUUAACUGAUCAGCACAAAUAUUACCAGAUAUGUUUACAGUCAUUAAAUUUGGAGGAGAAGUGGGAAGGAGCUCCUUUUGCAGCAAUGCUUCGUGGACAUCAGUUAGACUCCAGUGACACAAAUGAUUUACUCAAAAUUGUUUUUGUCCAGCUUUCUGCCAGUUCCAAUGUUAUACAAGUAAAGUACUCAUCUAUAGUUUUGCAGCCCGUUGAUUUGAACCUUGAUGAGGAGACAUUAAUGAGGGUUGUCCCAUUUUGGAGAACAUCUCUUAGCGACUCUAAUUCUCAGAGUCGGCAGUUUUACUUUGACCAUUUUGAGAUCCACCCGAUUAAGAUUUUUGCCAAUUUUCUUCCUGGGGAAUCGUACUCAAGUUAUAGCUCGGCCCAGGAGACUCUAAGGUCCUUACUGCAUAGUGUUAUAAAGGUCCCACCCAUAAAAAAGAAGGUUGUAGAGCUCAAUGGAGUUCUGGUUACACAUGCCCUGAUAACAGUGCGUGAAUUAUGUAUGAGAUGUGCUCAACAUUAUUCAUGGUAUGUCAUGAGGGCCAUCUAUAUUGCAAAAGGAAGCCCAUUGCUUCCACCAGAUUUUGUGUCUAUAUUUGAUGACUUGGCUUCAUCCUCUCUCGAUGUUUUCUUUGAUCCUUCUCGUGGGUUAAUGAAUAUUCCGGGUUUGACUUUAGGUACAUUUAAGCUCAUCAGUAAAUGUAUUGAUGGUAAAGGAUUUUCUGGGACAAAACGUUACUUUGGUGAUGUAGGAAAAACUUUGAGAACAGCGGGAUCUAAUGUACUCUUUGCUGCUGUCACUGAAAUAUCAGACUCUGUACUGAAGGGAGCAGAAGCAAGUGGUUUUAAUGGAAUGGUAAUUGGCUUUCACCAAGGAAUAUUGAAAUUGGCAAUGGAGCCGUCAUUGUUGGGAACUGCUUUGAUGGAAGGUGGUCCAAAUCGAGAGAUCAAACUUGAUCAGAGUCCUGGGGUUGAUGAGCUAUAUAUCGAAGGAUACCUGCAAGCUAUGUUGGAUACCCUGUAUAGACAAGAAUAUCUUAGAGUCAGAGUCAUUGACAAUAAGGUUUUCCUGAAAAAUCUACCCCCAAACAGCUCCCUCAUUGAGGAUAUCAUGGACCGUGUAAAGGGAUUCCUUAUGAGCAAGGCAUUGUUAAAAGGAGAUUCUUCAAAAACUUCUCGCCCCUUGCACCAUGUUCGAUUAGAAAAGGAAUGGAAAAUCGGACCGACAUUGCAGACAUUGUGUGAACACGUAUUCGUGAGUUUUGCAAUCCGCACACUAAGAAAGCACGCUGAUAAGUUUAUGGCUAACAUCAAAUGGAAAGGAGAGUCGGAAAGCGACAAUGACAAGGCACUUGUCCCUGCAAACCCCAGUGGAGCCAAACAGAAGGCAAAAUUCCUCUGGAAAUGGGGGAUUGGCAAGUUUGUGUUGUCAGGCAUUGUGGCAUACAUCGAUGGACGGUUAUGUCGUGGUAUUCCUAAUCCUGUAGCACGACGGAUUGUGAGCGGAUUUUUGUUGAGUUUUCUUGGCAAUGAUAAUGAAUAAACUAAUGUACAUAAAUAGCUUUUUUCUUCGUUAAGGGUGUUAAAGGCUGACACACAAAGCUUGGCAUAAUAACGUAGUCACACAGCUCCCAACUUCAUUCCU